UGGCCAAAGACACUCAAACCAACGACAAAACGGGUCAAAAAGGCUUUUUCUGCUCGCAUAGCCGAUCCUGCAUUUGAGAAUACACUAAAGAACCAUCUUUGGUAUCUAAGGCCAGCACUGCUGUCGUACUAUAACUUACUUUAUAAACGAUUAAAUGAUGACGGCAGUGCGGAUCGUGAGCCGCUAGCGAUAAUAUUGGCUGACCUCUGA